UAUCUCACAACUCACUUCACUUCUCUGUGUGUGUGUGUGUGUCUCCCUCUCUCUCUCUAUAUAUAUAUAUACACCCAUAACCCCCUACUACCCCAUCACCACCUUCAUCUUCAACCUCACAAAACCUCAGUACUACAUAUAUAUAUAUAGAGAGAGAUAUAUAUAUAUAUAUAACAGGCUUCAUAGAGAGAGAGAGAGAGAGAGAGAGAGAGAGAAUGUCUGGUGUAUGGGUGUUCAAAAACGGCGUCGUUCGGUUGGUGGAGAACCCAGGGGUGGAGUCAUUGGACGGAAGCCGGUCAACGAACAGCCGGCGGAAGGUCCUGGUACACACGCCCAGCAAUGAGGUGAUUACGUCAUACGCCGUUCUUGAGCGGAAGCUGACGUCACUUGGGUGGGAGAGGUACUACGACGACCCUGAUCUUCUACAGUUCCACAAAAGAUCCACCAUCCAUUUGAUCUCCCUCCCCAAGGACUUCAACAAGUUCAAAUCCAUGCACAUGUACGAUAUCGUCGUCAAGAACCGUAACGUCUUUGAAGUCAGAGAUAUGUAGCGCCAUAUAUAUAUAUAUAUAUACAUACACAGAUAUGUAUGUAUCGGUCCGUCCACUGUGUGCUUGUGUUUGUAAGUGUGAAUCUCAGUGUGCUUUUUAAUAAUUAGUCUCUAAUUAUGAUCAAAUUUAGUUGGUUUCUUCUCAUAAUACUUCUCCUACGUGAGUUUGUGCUGCUGGAUUUUCAUCUGUAAGCGGAUAUAUAUACAUAUAUGUAUUCAGGUGUAUGUGUGUGUGUGUAUAUAUAUGUAUGUAUGUAUAGUGGGUUGAUUUUGGUCAUAAUUACUAGGUUUUGCAGGAAGAAAAUGUAGUUUGCUAUAUAAAAAAGUGUGACUUUGAUGUGA